AUGUCGCGUCUCUUUCUUGCCCCUGUGCGUUCUCUGAAACUAUCACCCGUGCUCUCAUUGGGUCGCAAAGCCUUUUCUUCUGCCUCCGUUCGUCUACAGACCGUUGAGCCCAAGGAAACCAAGGAAACCAAGGAAACCAAGACUACCCAUUUCGGUUUCCGUGAUGUAGCUGAGAAUGAGAAGGAAUCUUUGGUCCACAACGUAUUCGCCAAUGUUGCAGGUAGUUACGAUAUCAUGAACGAUGCAAUGAGCAUGGGUAUCCACCGUAUCUGGAAAGACGAGUUUAUCCGCAACAUGGCACCCGGCCCUGGUACAAAGUUACUCGAUGUUGCAGGCGAUAUUGCCCUGCGAUUCUUGGACUUUUGCAAGAAUAUUCACCGCGAUUCGACAGCCAGUGUAACAAUGGUUGACAUCAACCCUCACAUGCUCGAGGAAGGAAAGAAGCGUUUCCAGAAAACUCAGUAUGCUCACACAAACCAAGCCAACUUCUUGGUCCAGAAUGCUGAGAACUUGGAGGCCAUUCCUGAUGCUUCCGUUGAUGUAUAUACGAUUGCAUUCGGUAUCCGUAACUGCACACACGUUGAUAGAGUAGUCAAGGAAGCAUACCGUGUAUUGAAGCCAGGAGGACGCUUCAUGUGUCUUGAGUUCAGCAAGGUUGAUAACCCUGUAAUUGGAAAGUUUUACGAUAUCUAUUCAUUCGAUAUCAUCCCAACUCUUGGUCAGGUUAUUGCCAAUGACCGUGAUUCUUACCAGUACCUUGUUGAGAGUAUCCGUCAAUUUUAUAGCCAAGAUGAAUUCGCAAAGAUCAUUCGUGAUGCUGGAUUCUCUACUGUUGGUAAAGGAUACGAAAACUUGACAUUUGGUGUUGCUGCUAUCCACAGUGGCUUCAAGAUGUAA